AUCUCUCAGAACAGUUCUGCAUCAGUCAAUCAGCAGUGUUUUCGAAGAUCAAACCAACCACAUUCGCGGCGCUACAAUGAAGUUUACAAUUUCUGUAAUUGCAAUGACUAUGGCCAUCGUCGCCAAUGCAUCACCCGCUCCAUACGUUCAAGAUGUUGUGUCGUACUCCAACCCGUGGCCACUGAAGACUAGCACGGUUUGGCCCGCAUACGGUGGAUUGUAUGGUGGUAAGGUCGCUGUGGUUCCAGAUGCUGCCUACGGAAAAUACUCCUACCCGAAUGUUUAUGGAAGUUGGCCUGCGAGUGGCAAGACCUGGGGAUACUCUUCGCCGGUUGUCGCCGUUGGCACCAAAGUAGUGGACAAUGGACUGUGGAAUUAUGGUGGCUAUGGAUAUGGCAAGAACUGGGGAUACUCCGCGCCAGUUGUAACUGUUGGUGCCAAGGUGGUAGACAAUGGUUUGUGGAACAAUGGUGGCUAUGGAUAUGGAUACGGACUCGGACAUAACAAAUACUGGUAGGGAAAAUGAGACAUAAGAAUUACUGUGGCGAAUUAAAAUAAACAAAUUUUUGUAAUUGGUUUCUAUGGAAGGCAGUCUUUUAAUUUUGUAAAAUUUGAAACAAUGAUUUCCGGAAUUCGUAUCCUUUUUAUUCAUUUCAUCGUUUUUUGUUUGAAUCCGGCUGCAACGCUGAAUGGAGCAUGUUAUAAUCGAAUCGAAAGUCUAGGAGCUAACGAGUAAAUACUACGAAUCACAUCCGGAAACUUUUUUUUGAAUGCGAUUGCAGUUGGCAAAUUUAUAAGUGUACAGGGGUGACAGAAGCCGGAGUUGCGGAUAAUACUCACGACAACCCCAACGUUCAAGAUGAUCAAAAUUUAUAAUUAACCAUGCAUUUAUCUGUUUGAUCUGAUAUAUCAAUAUAAUAGUUAACAAAUCGAGUUUAGCAAUGCCCUAAAGUAAAAGUGAAUUUUUACAUAUUCUGAAUCAAUGUCUAAAAGCAGGAAAUGUUUUAUUUUAUUUUGUACAUACAGCAGCAAUAAUAGGAAUAAAGAGCAAGUAUAUACUUUUUUUCAAUGUUGUCAACUGCUUAGCACGGCGAGUGAGUGCUGUUCUUGAUUGUAACCCAAUUUGCUGAGUCAAGUAUGAGACACUAGGGUGGCGUGACCUCUCUCAAUGAAAAUGAAAAUCUCAGUACUGCGC